GCCGGCGCAGCUUGGAGGAAGGGGCCACCCAUUGUGAGCCAAGAGGCCGCGAGUGCGCGUGCGCCGGCCUGAAGAGGGUUCGCGAUGGCGGCCGCGGGCGGCCCUGAGGCGACCGCGUCGUCGGGGCCCUCGGAGGCGGCGUCGGCGGCCGGCGUCGCCGUGGCGGCCUCGUCGUCGUCGUCGUCGCCGGCCGUGGCCCCCGUGGUGGUGCAGCGCGAGCCGGUGUACAACUGGCAGGCCACGAAGCGGUCUCUCCGGGAGCGCUUCGCCUUCCUCUUCGCCAACGAGCUGCUGAGCGACGUGCGCUUCGUGGUGGGCAAAGGCGGGCCGAGGGCCGGAGGAGGCGCGCCCGGGCCGGGCCAGCAACGCAUCCCCGCGCACCGCUUCGUCCUAGCCGCCGGCAGCGCCGUCUUCGACGCCAUGUUCAACGGCGGCAUGGCCACCACCUCGGCCGAGAUCGAGCUGCCCGACGUGGAGCCCGCCGCUUUCCUCGCCCUGCUCAGGUCCGUCGAGGAGGGAGGAGGAGGAGGAGGAAGGAAGGGUGGGUCGCGACGGCGGUGGCUGCUGGAUAUAUGCUCCGUGCACGAGGCAUUGUCAAGAUGUGGCCGCGUCCACACCAUCCUUCGAAGCGCUAUGAUACCGCUUUAAAAACAGUCCUUGGGCUUCUCCCCAAGGAAUUGUGGGGCUGUAAUUUGUUAAGGGUGCUGAGAGCUCUUGGGAGACCCCCCCCUUUCCAUCAGCUGGAUAGCUCAGUGGGUUAGAGGUAAAAGGUAAAGGAUCCCUGGACGGUUAAGUCCAGUCAAAGCCGACUAUGGGGUUGUGGCGCUCAUCUCGCUUUCAGGGCGAGGGAGCUGGCGUUUGUCCACAGACAGCUUUCUGGGACAUGUGGCCAGCAGGACUGAACCGUUUCUGGCACAAUGGAACACCGUGAGGGAAACCAGAGCGCAUGGAAACGCCGUUCAUGUUCCCGCCACAGUGGUACCUAUUUAUCUGCUUGCACUGACGUGCUUUCAAACUGCUAGGUUGGCAGGAGCUGGGACAACAGAGUAACCGGAGCUCACCCUGUCGUUGGGAUUCGAACCGCCGACUUUCUGAUCGGCAAACCCAAGAGGCUCAGUGGUUUAGACCACAGCGCCACCCACAUCCCUAGUGGGUCAGAGCAUGGUGCUGACAAGGUCGUAGGUUCGCUCCCUGUGUGGGGUGGCUGCAUAUUCCUGCAUUGCUGGGGGUUGGACUAGAUGAUGAUGAUAAUAAAUUUAUUAUUUAUACCCUGCUCUUCUGGCUGGGUUUCCCCAGCCACUGAGCGGCUCCCAACAGCAUAUUAAAAACACGAUCAAACAGGGUCCCUUCCAACUCUAUGAUUCUAUGAUUCUAUUCCCCUCCCAGAGGUGCAGUUCCCAGAGUUGUUGGGGGAUUGUAGUUCUGGAAAAGGAAUAGGUAGGUCUGCUAACAAGACUCAGUGCCCUUAACAAACUACAGUUCCCAGGAUUCUUCAUGAGGGGAGCCAUGGCCGUUUAAAGUGGCAUAGUGCUUUAAAUUUAUGGUGUGGGUGUUGCCUUAGGUGGCUAUAAAAAUGGGGUUGGGCAGCCAGUUGUUUGUGGCUAGCAUGAUGGCUAUGUUUCCCAGUAUUGGACACAGUAUGCUUCUGACUACCAGUUUGCGAGGAACAACAAUGGGAGAAGGCUAUUAAUUCAGUAGGACCCUUUUCAUGUUAUGGUGCUAAAUUUAUAUUUUAUAGUAUUUUACACCUGUAAAAAUAAAUAGUAUGUUUUAUUGAAUAAUUUAUAUUUGUUCAUAGUUAUUUUAUAUAGACAUUUACAUCCCAACUUGCUUGUGGCUAUGCAGUUCUUAGAGUAUAAUCAACAAAAGUAGCUGGACUGCCAUAAGCUAUACCAUACCAUAUACCUCCUAUACCAUAAGUAUAGGAGGGAGUGGAAACUGUCCUUUCUACAGCAGCAUUUUAAGAAAACAAGAACCAUCCUAUUGGAUCAGACCGGAGGACCAACUUGUCCAGCAUCCUGUUUUCCGCAUUGGCCAACCAACUGCUUAUGGGACAACAACUAACAUUCAGAUGCAUACCUCCUCUGAUACUUGAAGGAAUAUACAGCUAUCAUAACUUGUAAGCUAUUACCCUUAAUGAAUUUGUCUACUUCCCCAUUUAAAGCCAUCUAAGUUGGUGGCCCUAACCAUAUUCUAAGGUAGCUAAUUCCAUAGUUUAACUUUCUGCAUAUAUUUUUCUAAGCUGGAUGUGAUGGACGGGUUUUUCUUCCUCUGACAGCUUGCUUGAUUCGUAUUAUUGGGUGCCAAAGAGGGAUAGAGUCUUCCAUCCCAUCUCUGUCACUGCACUUGGAACUCCUUGUCACCUGUGACCAUCAAGGGACCGCUUAAAUUCAAGACUGACGUAUAAAUCAAUGUUAUGAAUAAACAAAUGUAACCUGGUCUGUGGAAUGUGACCUUGGAGGCUGUGGCACAGAUCUUGAUUUCCUGAAAGACCCACUGGUCAGUGGCUUAGUGAGGGAAGAUUUGAACCAGGGGCUUACUGUGUUGGGUUUUGCUUCACUUAAUUAUGCCAGUUAUGGCAAUCCUGGAAUUGCUUCUUCCAGGUAUUGUGUAAAAAGUCGUGCUGCACAAGAUUUAGUGUACACUCCCUCUGUGAGUGCAUUGGUAGAUCUAUUGGUGAAGUCUCACUCCCUGUUUGGAGGACAUGGAUAGAGGUCUUGUGGUGUCAAGCAACUGGCAGUGCUUGUUCUCUGCACAAGAUGGUAUUGCAAUCUUGAGUUUUUUCUUUUGCACGGCAGAGAGAAUUGUCUAGUGCCUGACCUUUUAUGUUAACUCCUCAUUCAAACCAGUUAUUGCGGAUCAGAGUUUUGGUGUGGAUUUUGAAUAGACUAUAGAUUUGGGUGUGGAGAUGCUGCUGUGGCGUGUAUGAUCUGGAAGAUGCAGCCUAAGAGCCCAAGAUGAAAAUAGUUGGAAGUCAAAAUACUUGAAUCUGAGUUUAUAUCUGGUCAGUAACAAAGAAGCUCUAAACCAUUCUUCUAGGAAUGUAGUAUUUCUGGUUUGUUUUUGCAUCGUAAGGCAAUCUCUGACCUUUCAGGUUUGUAAAGCUGCUGACUUUCUGCAGAUAGUCAAGAUUGUCCGUUAAUAUUUGGGGUAGGAUUGCCUGUCAUAUGCUGUAGAACCAGCUCUGCAGAACAAAGGAUAUUAGGAUCUUGAGUGACUUUCAGCUCAGUGCUAUGUGUAUGUACUUCAAAGUAAGUUCAGUGGGCCUUUCAUGUUAUAAAGGGUGGCUGCCUUAACUGUCAUCAAGCACUGUUCUCAUAACUUGCUCUUCUUUGAUUCCUAGGUUUUUGUAUUCAGAUGAAGUUCAGAUUGGUCCCGAAACCGUUAUGACCACUCUCUACACAGCCAAAAAGUACGCUGUCCCAGCCUUAGAAGCUCAUUGUGUUGAAUUUCUCACUAAGCACCUUCGGGCAGACAAUGCCUUUAUGCUGCUUACUCAGGUAACCUGCUGACUUGCAUACUUAAUGAGCUAACUGGAAAUAUGUGUCUGUUACUUCCCUAAUUGUGUAGAUCUGAGCACAUCUUACUUAGAAACAUGUACGCAGUAAAGCAGUUGUGAAUGAUGCUGGAAUAUGGAAAUUAUGAUAACUCACACAUUUGAGUAAGGCUUCCUGCUCAUGAUCCUGAUUCAGCCUGUGUGUGUGUGUUGUGAACAACACUGUGGAAAGACAAAUUGCUUAGCAUUCAGGCCUGUUUUAUAAAUACAGCAUGAGCUAGUGAUCAGUUGUUAAGUUUUUCAUCUUUUGUUAUUGGAAGAAAAUGGCGUGAAGCUUGGUGGUUUCUGAUAUUCAGUGUUAUCAGCCUCUGGUGUAUCAGAAUCAAAUUCAUCCUCCUAUAACCUAUACGAGUUACAAUGUUUAACAGUUCUUAAAGAUUGGUGCCUAUCAGGCACUGUUCCAUUAGACUCACUGAAAAUUAAGCAUUCAUAGGAUUCUGUGUAUGCCCCAGAGCUAGUUCAGAAACACUUCUAACUGCAGUGAAGACCUGGGAGCCGGUAGGGAAAUCUUUUCUACCUUAAUUGUGACUAUUUUUCCCCACCACCCACAGUUAAGGCUGCUUAGGGUAACCAGUUGCUAAGGGGUUGAAGCCAGCUCAUAACCAAGAUUUUAAACUGGUAUUAAAUGGGAACCCUUAUUAGUCAUGCUUUGUGUCACUGUUGAUAGAAGUAAGGCAAGCAAGGAUUGAAGGUAGCAAAUGGAGUUUUGUUUACAAAACAUAUUAAUGUUGGGAGCAGCAGUGUGAAAUUAAGGUUGGUUUUGUAGAAAUUGUUUUUUGUUAUUUUAUGUUGGAAACUGUUUCAAUUAGCUGUCAAGCCUAUCCUGCAAUACAGAAUUUGCAAAAUAAUUCUAAGUAAAUCUCUCUUGCAUAGGCUCGUUUAUUUGAUGAACCACAACUAGCUAGUCUCUGUCUUGACACAAUAGACAAAAGUACUAUGGAUGCAAUAAGUGCAGAAGGGUUCACAGAUAUUGAUAUAGGUAAGUAGCCCUCUAACCAUUUAUGUUCUUUUUGAAGGACUAGGCUGAGAACUUAACUGAUAGUAUUUUUGCUAUCCCUUCUCACAUGUUGAUCUAAAAAGAUCCACAUUCUUUGUUAAUGGGUGAUUUUAGUUGGGCAUUUAACUUUCCAAGCUAGCCUGAUUGUCUUGACCAUUUUAGGGGAGAUUAGUACUAGAUUUUGCACUCCAACUGAAUGCACAUUCCCACUGAGUUUCUUUUUAAUUAGGUCCUAUGUAAUCUGUGUGCGGGGGAUUAUUAUUUUUGUUUGUUAUUAUGAUGUGCAUUUUUUUGUUUUAUAUUGUAAACUGCCCUGUAAUCUUCAGAUGAAGGACAGCACAGUUUUUUUAAAAAGUUUGUGUCAACUAUAUUGUCAAAUUAAUUUAAGGAGUAUAGGCUGAGAAAGCUAGUUUAUGUAGUAACUUUAAAAGGCAUUCAAUAGCACUGAAUUUUCUGGGCAGAAGUGGGGAGGGGAUGGAGUCCUCAGUUUGCAAGUAACUUGAUUCUUCUUCUUCAGACACUUUGUGUGCAGUAUUGGAAAGAGACACACUAAGUAUUCGUGAAAGUAGACUUUUUGGAGCUGUUGUUCGCUGGGCUGAAGCAGAAUGUCAAAGACAGCAAUUGCCCGUCACAUCUGCCAAUAAGCAGAAAGUGCUUGGCAAAGCCCUCUCCUUAAUCCGCUUUCCACUGAUGACUAUUGAAGAGUUUGCAGCAGGUAACUGUAUGGCUGGCUUCAUUGUUGCAAAAAGUGAAAGGUUCUCUAUGUUUUUAGAUAUAAUGUCUAAAAUAUGUGCUAAGGUUCCAGUUCUAUUGGCCCUUUUACUAGAGAUUAAAUCAUCUGUGUUUAACAACAUGGUCAUUGGUGCGAGAAAAGUAGCAAGAAAACAAUACAGUAUAUUUUGUUUGCUCAGAAAUCUGACUUUUUUGUAUUUUUGUGAUGCUCUUGCAGCUUGAUCCAGUGAUGUUUAUGUUGAAAUAAGCCUUGUUGAUCUCAAUAAGACCUGCUUCUCAGAAAAUCUGCAUAAGACUGCAGCUUUAUUCUCCAUAUUUUGUUAAAUCAUAUUUGUAAUGUUGCUCAUUCAUUUUUUGUUUAAUCCCUGCAGUUAAGAUGUUAGCUGCCAAUAAUGAGAAUUGCCUAUGGGAACAGUUAUCCUCAAUUAAUUUAAUCAUUUUUUAUAGUGGAAGACAAAAUUUGUGCCUCAUUGACAGGCUGUCUGCUUUCAAAAAUGGGAAGGGUCUCUUGUAGGAUGGAAAGCAAAUGUGUGCGAUACAUCCUGCAGUAGUUAGAUCCUGUAAAAAAAUGGAAAGUAGCUUGCACUAAAAGAUACAAACCAUCCACAGAUAAUGGCUUAUUUACCUGGGAGCAAGUCUCAUUGAACUCUCUGGAACUUACUUCUUUUACGAGACAAUUUAGUCAUGUCAGAGGUUGAACAUUGGAUGAAGCACUUAAAAACAAAUCUGUUGGCUUCAUAUGUUGUUUUCACUUGGGAUAUUUGCCUUAGGCACAACAAAAGACCAUAAUUAUGAUGUUUCAGUUUUUUAAAAAUUACGAUGUUUCAGGGUUGUUGUUGUUUUUAAAAAACACCUUGCAUUUAAAUUUACAUGUAUUUAAUUUUGUAUAUUGUAAUAACUUUGUGUUUUAUAUUUCUGAUUUAACUGGUUGAGAAUCAUAUAUAAAACUAAACACCUGGUUUUACCUGUUUCACAAGUCACGCUGCUAAAAUGGUUCUUUUGUGUGUGUGUGUGUCUGCAAUAUACAAACCAGUUAAACCAGAAUAAUUAAGUGUUUCAUCCUGUUUAAGUCUAUUGCCAAUGGCAAAUUUGGCAGCGUGAACACAGAUCUAUAGACCAUAUAUCAUGGAAAAUAAUCACUCAUAAUACAAAUCUUAAUUGCCAAAGUACUACUAGUACAAAUAGUUCUCAAGUCUAACCUGUGUGUUGUGGAAGAAGUCUUAUUCAGUAAAGCUACUGUGGCUAACACAACAUAUUUCAGACUAGCUGAGGUGGACAUUCAAACCUUUUAUCCCAAUGCUUAUAUUAAUUUUAUCUUAAAAAACAUUAGAGCUUAUGCUAGCAGAUAACAAGCUUGAUUCACAAGCUAUUUUUUGGUUGGAGUAUUUGGAUCUUAUCAGCCUUCUCUUGAAGCAUGUUGGUCUUUCUCCGUUUAUAGCCUGGAUUAGUUAAUCCAAGUUAAAACAGCUACAACCUAGUAGUGGGAUUGCUGUAAAAAAAUAGGCUUAUAAAGUAAUAGUUGCCUCAAGAACAUUUCUCAGUCGGCCUCCUAGUAUAUAGAAUAUAUUCAGCUCAGUUGCACUGCCUUUUUUUCCAGGUCCUGCUCAGUCUGGAAUUUUGUCAGAUCGGGAAGUAGUAAAUCUCUUUCUGCAUUUUACAGUCAACCCUAAGCCUAGAGUUGACUAUAUUGACCGACCAAGAUGCUGUCUUAGAGGAAAGGAAUGCAGCAUAAAUAGAUUCCAGCAAGUGGAGAGCCGCUGGGGUUACAGUGGAACAAGUGACAGGAUCAGGUAUUGGUGCAUUUUCAGGGGAACUCGUGUGAUUAGCCUAUCACAAUUAGGAGAAACCUUCCAAAAUAUUAUUGCUCAGUUAGCAACUUAGUAGGCAUGUAUUUUCCCUGGCAUCAUAGACACAUUAAAGAAGAAAGCAUGGCUAAGGAUGCUUGUUCUGCUGUUUGGCUUUUCACACAGGAUUGGAUAACUCAUGUAGGGAAUCAUAUGGCAGCACAUUGAUGCUCAAAUAAACACACUUUGGGCUAUGACAUGGAAGGUUUCUCUUGUGGCUUUGGGAUUGCAUGGAGACUAGGUAAAAGAUGCACUGUUCUGCCUAUAAUAAAUGUUCUUCUUAAUGGGUGUCAACACUGGCUGAUAGGUUUGGGGUCAAAUUCAUUAAGGCUGUGUGCAUGUAGUUUCAUUGGCCCUUAGUCCGAUUCAAUAGAUGCUCAGUUUGUUCAAUAUAUAUUUACUUGAUGGAGGCUGGGAUCGAAAGAGCUACUAGGGGAAACAUUUUUUUGCUUUGUAAGCUGAUGAGCCUACCCUGCAAAAUACCAUGCCACAAGCAGCUGUUGAAAGUAGUAGUAGUAAUAGUAGUAGUAGUAGUAAUAAUAAUAAUAAUAAUAAUAAAUUUUAUUUAUAUCCUGCCCUCCCCAACCGAAGCCGGGCUCAGAGCGGCUAACAACAAUAAAAUAGUACAACAUUCUAAAAUCAUUACAUUAUAAAAGUAAUUCAAAUCAAAUUGAAUGGCAACCAUUGAGCCAAAGUUCUGUGAAGAUUGCCAAAGGAGGGAGUCAGGCUGUGCCCUAAGUUUCAAAAGCAGCUUACCAUGUGGCAUGGGUGGCUGCUGUUUAAAAAGGAAAAAGAAAACCCAGUGCCUCUUUUGGGUGCCUAGAACUGGUUAUACAGCUCUCUGAAUCCUGGUCCAGGUGCUUACAAAAACACAGGGAGGUCUUCUUCAGAAGAGACUGCUUGAAGCUUAAUGUUCAGCACACUAUGCAUGCUGUUGCACCAUAUGCUCUUGUGUGUUGACUUGUAGUAUUUCACUAAAGAUAAUGGGCAUCAGUUAAAUAAUACUUGUAUAAAAGAGCAUUAAAAGAAGGGCCAAAGCUUCUAACAUUUAGGCAAGUUCAAGAGGUUGCUUACAAUACCAGGUUAAGUACUGUGAGAUGGGAUGUUUUUGUCCUUUUUAUUAUUAUUGUUCCAGUGUUGAUUUUGUUAAUUUGUAUUUGGAGGAGUUGGUUUUAUACAGACAAAUUACUAUUAGAAAUAUUGUUUAAAUGUUUGUGUAAGUACCUUGGGUAUUGUUUUGAGAAAGGAGUCUAAGAAAUGUAAAUAAUAAUGAUAGCAGACAUUGGAAUAAAACAACUCCUGAAUUGAAUCACUAAACCCUCCCCCCCCCAACUGAUAAAACUACUAGCAGCAAAUCAAAUAGUUCCUAUUUUUCUUUUUAAAGUAGUCUAUACCCUCUCAAUCCCUGAUGAAAUAAGCAUUUUAACUUCAUUUUCAGAAGAUGAGAACAGAACUGACUUCACAAGUCUUUCUGGGAAGGGGAUUCAUAAGGGGAGGGAGUCCUGCUGAGGGAAUUAUGCCCCUUGCCCCUAUUUGUCAGACAAACAGAAGCCUGAGUGAUCUUUUCUGGAGAUCUUGGUGUAUGAUGAAGCUGGUGAGGGAGAAGAAAAUCUGUUAGGUAAAUAUGGUCUUGUUUGACAGUAGUUUGGCAUAGGUAUGUUUUUAAGGAUGUGGCAGAACUGGAAUUUGUACACUUCUAGCUUAUUCCAGUGCAAAAUAAAGGUAGAAACAACUGUAGUUUAGGAACCCAACCCUUAUUUGGAAAUUUUAACACUAGUCAAUUACAUUUUUCUCUCCAUAUUUCAAAUACAUUUACUUCCCUCUAUUGUCUAUGGGGUCACGAAGAGUCGAACACAACUAAACCACUAAACAACAACAACAACAAAUUCUUUAUUUUCUCUUUUUAAGGUUCACUGUUAAUAGAAGGAUUUCGAUAGUGGGAUUUGGAUUGUAUGGAUCUAUUCAUGGACCCACAGAUUACCAAGUUAAUAUACAGGUACCAUCAUGCUUUCUACGUGCUUAAUGAGUUACACAUUUUCCUUAGACACCAAAAUGUGUAAAUAGUUCAUUAAUUUAACUAAAUUGGCCAGGGAUAGUCUGUUCAGAGUUGCAUCAUUUUGGUAUAUUGGAUCAGUAGAUUACUGAGGCAGGGUUUCUUACUUAUGGUCCCAUGGAACUAGCUUUCCAUUCAAACUUGCCAUGUUUGAACUUGCUUGUGGAAUACACCCACCCACAUUGAGUAUUGCUACCUUGGUAUAUGUGGAGUGUUUCAAGGGGACUACUACCUAAAUUACUGAACUCUGUGUGAAUUACGUUUUCAGAUCUUCUGUUAAGGUACUACAGGGCUUAUGAAGAAAAAAAUAUGCUUGGCAAAAAAUUAUGUAUGCCAGUACUUGCAUAAAUAGUUAUCAAGAAAUCCAGAAUAUUUUAAUGGAUGACUUUCAAAAGCACUUAUUAUUAUCAUUAUCAUCAUCAUCUUAUCAUAAUUAUUUAUUAAAUUUGUAUACCACCCUUCCUCCAUAGAUGUCAGGGUGGUGCACAACAUAAAAUUACAAUAUGUAAACCACAUAACAGAUAGUAAAAAUAAGAACAGCAACAAACCAAUAAUCUCCCACAACACAUUGACAGGGGUAUUGGAUGUCAAACAGCCGAAGGCCUGGUUGAAAAGGAAUAUUUUCACCUGACGCCUAAAGGUGUAUAAUGAGGGCGCCAGCUGAACCUCCCUGGAAAGAACAUUCCACAAAUGAGGAGCCACCAUAGAAAUUUAGACAAAUCUGAGUGGGGAAGGCAUUCUAAAGACAGAGCAAAACCCCUUUUGUCUUACCUAUGACAGAAGGAGCAUCUGAGGAAGAGCUUCUGAAGUUGGUUUUGAUUGCUUUGAACUAUGCCCUGAAACAAACUAUUAGUAUAGGUCUUGUAUUAGAUUGUGUAUUAAUUACAGGUGCCAAUUAGAGCCCCAAUUUAUGCAUUAUGGGUUGUGAAAGCUUUGCUUGUUGAAGCCCCAAGCUGUGGUUUCAGUUUCAGCCAGAAGCUGGAAGAGUGAAACAGGUUCGAGGGGCAAAAAUCAGGUUCUGGUCAUCUUAAUAAAAUGUGUAGUGGUUUCUAAAACAAAAAAAACCACAGGGUGUUUUCUGUUUUAUUUCUUGCCAUGCUGUCUUACUGCAGAUAAUUGAAUAUGAGAAAAAUCAGACGCUAGGGCAGAAUGACACUGGAUUUAGCUGUGACGGAACUGCCAAUACUUUCAGAGUGAUGUUCAAAGAACCUAUAGAGAUUCUGCCAACUGUGUGUUACACUGCUUGUGCAACCCUAAAAGUAAGAUAUUCUCAAUUAUUUUGUAAAUAUUUUAAACAUGAGCGAUGAGAAAAACUGGACUGUAUGUAUUGAUUAUGUGUGGCUUAUAUAAUAUAAGCGUCUUCAUUACUAAAACUAGUAUCUCUGCUGUAGCAUAUAUUUCCUGGUAUUGUAAUUCUUUGCCACUAAUUUACUUUACUGCUUACUUUAUAAAGUAUUGUAAAGAAGAAGGAAAUAAACUUACCUUGUUAUUAUUCUUUAGGGCCCAGAUUCUCAUUAUGGCACAAAGGGAUUGAAGAAAGUAAUCCACGAGUCCCCCACUUCAAGCAAAACGUGCUUUUUCUUUUUUAGUUCACCGGGUAACAACAAUGGUACAUCAAUAGAAGAUGGGCAAAUACCAGAAAUAAUAUUUUAUACGUAACUUCAAAUAACUGAGAAGUAAAACUUUGCAUUGACUCUUGAUAAAAAGGACAGAUGGAAGAUACAGAAUACUGUGAAGCAUUGUAAAUACAUAAUCUCGGAUGUGUUAUGAUGAUACUGAAGUAUUGUACAUGGAAGGUACUAAAACCUAGUAUUCACUACUUCCAGUGGCAGUAUGCAGCCAAAUUGUUCUUGAACUAAAAUAUUCUUACCUGUACAUAAGUAUUUAACUUGAUCACUUUAAAUAUACUGCCAUCAUUACCUGAAAGCUGGAGCAGAAUAUUUGUAUUUUUUUCCUGAAAUAUACAUGUUGCAAAUGAUAUAUCAUUUGUGGAUGGUAUGAUUGCAUUCCUGCACAAUACACCACUUGCAUUCUUAAAACUGAACACUUACGAAGAGAAGCCGAAUUAAGGUUGAUACAAAUUGCCUCUGUAAUUGUACUCAGUACAGUGUACAUAAAAUUAAAUCUGUUUUGCUGUUUUGCUGGGGAAAUAUUAUUCAGAAGUCAGUUGUAUGAAGCUAUCCUUGAAAUAAAGUGAAGAGUGGAAGCAAUUUUGUAUAGUCC